CGGCGUGCCCCUCGUGACCCAAACUCACUCAAAAUGUCAAGAUGGAACCACAAGAAGACCAAGAGCAGUCGCGACUGCCACUUGGAGAAGAAGGAGAUGCGGGUGCGGGAUCUCGGUCUCGGCUAUGACUCAGAUGAGAUAGUCCUCUUUAAGUACUGUGUUGGCACAUGCCACAGCUCCCGUAAGAACUAUGACCUGGUCCUCAAGGUUCUGAUGGACAACGGGGGCAUCUCCAGCAAGAAGGUCAGCAGUCACCCAUGCUGUCGCCCUACCCGCUAUGAGACCGUGUCCUUCAUGAAUACACAGACUACCUGGCAGACAAUUAAGUGGCUCUCAGCAGCCAAUUGCAGCUGUGUCGGUUGAUUGCAAAGAGUGUUUAUCAGCAAUACAAAAAACAGAAAAGCUGUGGUGUGAAAGAGCAGG